CCGAGGGCGGGACGUACCCAUGUGACUGACCGACCAGGCAGGGAGAAACGGCCGCCCCGGACUAGCGGCGGCCUACCCGGGCCCAGCAGCGGCUGCUCCGUUUUUGAGUUUGUCGCUGCCGGGCCCGGGCCGGCGAGACCGCUGUCCCAUGGGGAGGCCGGGUAGCCCCCCGCAGGCCGAAAACCGCUGCCCAUUGUGGGCGCUGCCGGAGGAAUUAUUGCUGCUCAUCUGCUCGUACCUGGACGCGCGGGCCUUGGGCCGCCUGGGCCAGACCUGCCGCCGCCUUUGCCGCUUCACUUCUCGGGAUGUUCUCUGGAGGCGCCUCGCCCGUUCCUGUCUCAACGCAGGCUUCAGCGCGCUUGGCGCCGACCUAGUGGCUGGUGUCCCAGUGAAGGAAAGGGUCAAGGUUUCUCACAACUGGAGGCGUGGACGCUGUCGAAAAAUCCCACUCCUCAGAUGGAAGCGCAAUUUAAUGCCGUGGAUGCAGCUAGAUGAUGACUACCUCUACCUAUCCCAGGCAGAAGACAUCCAAGUUUAUUGGCUCCAUCCCAAUGGCACCAGCUUGCAACGCUGUUCCCAAGCAGUCUUCUCUGGCCACCAGGAGGACGUGUGCCGCUUUGUGCUUGCUAAUGGCCAUAUUGUCAGUGGAGGAGGAGAUGGCAAUAUCGUCCUCCAUAAAUUAAAUGGUUCCUUCAGCUUCAAGUUCUUGGGGCAUGAACAGGAAGUGAAUUGUGUGGAUUGUCAAGGAACCAUCGUUGUGAGUGGUUCCCGGGACAGAACAGCAAAGGUUUGGUCCCUCUCACCAGGCAGAGCUGGGCAGUGUUUGCACACCAUACAGACUGAAGACCGGGUCUGGUCCAUUGCCAUUAACCCAUUAUCAAGUUCAUUUGUGACUGGAACAGCUUGCUGUGGACAUACCUCACCUUUGAGAAUCUGGGACUUAGGGAGUGGGCAACUGGUCAGCUGCCUUGGGACAGAUUUCCACCGAGGCGCUGGAGUCUUGGAUGUUUUCUAUGAAACACCUUCCACCAUGCUCUCUUGUGGGUAUGAUACCUACAUCCGGUACUGGGACUUACGGACAAGCACAAGGGAAUGCGUGAAGAAAUGGGAAGAGCCUCAUGACAGUGCCCUGUACUGCAUUAAGAGCAAUGGAAAUCACAUGAUUGCAAGUGGCUCUUCUUAUUAUGGCGUGGUCCGUCUUUGGGAUAAACGACAAACCAGGUGUUUGCAGAGCUUCUCUUUGUCAUCACCCAUCAGCAGUCCCGUGUAUUGCCUACGCUUCAGCACCACCCAUCUCUAUGCCACCUUGGCAUCUGCACUGUAUGUUCUUGAUUUUACCACCUCCUGACGAUAUUGGCCUGGAAUGCAGAGAUGAUACCCAGCUCAGGGAGUUCAAAGAAGAAAUAAUGUUCUUGAAACAACAAACAGCCUGAAAGUCACACUAAGUGCUAAGGGGGGCCCCAAGUAGAGAUGUUCACCUGCCUUCUGGUUCCAAUAAAGCCUGAUGUCUCCUAGCA